GUAGGACACACAUCUGCCACGCAUUCACGCAUUUGGAAACCCACUUCGUUGGGUACCAGGACAGCUCCGCCCUUCCUGAUCCAGUGACUGGAUUCACUUAUCAGGCACAUAAGCCCUCGCCCUCCGGCAUGGCGAAGAGGUCAGCACCUUCUGUUGCAUACUUCGAGGAGGAAGACGACGAGGGUAACCUUAUUGGCGAACCUCAAUACGCACGCUCCACCGCACACAGCAGUCCUUCUAAAGAGAAGCCCAACACUAGCAGAUCACGAAAGGAUUCAAAUCGUCGAGACUCGAAAGAAUAUAAAGAUUUCAAAGAACCCAAAUCUCCCAUCGUCUCCUCACUAUCAGACUCCGACGACUCAAUUGAACUCACGAGACGACUUUCAAAACUUAAGAUGAAGGGAGACAAGAAGCGACGAGAGGAUCCUCUCGUUAACCAGCAGCGUCCUGUUCCCCGUUCCCGCAAGACAGCACCAGGGCCUGCAUCUCGAUUAUCCGAAGAGUCGUCUUAUUACGGAAUACAUCCGCAACAGCCCGUCUCAUCUAUACCCGCCAGGCCUCGCGCUCGCACCAGGCCCGAGACAUAUUAUGGCCAACGCCCUCCUCUUUCGACAUCAGCAUAUGCUCACCAACCGCCGCCACCCACACAACUUCCUCCUCCGUCCUUUCCUCCGCCGCAGCCCUACUGGAUGGGAGGGCCUCCCCCUCCCCCUUCAAUGGGACAUGCACUAGUUCACCAACCCAUUCCCUCUCCUUCAUCAUAUGGAGAGCCGUUUCCUCCUAACAGGGACUUGGCUUCGCGAUUCGGACGACCACAAUCGGCUAUGGGGUUCCAACCGCCUCCCAAGGCGCUCGACUACGAGCCAGUGAAAGAGAAGGCACUUACGCGGAGAGCUUCGACUGCGAGGAAGGCUAGUAAGGAUCACGACGACAGACACCGGAUGCCACCACCUCCUCGGCCAGCGUCUACGCAGCCGAACCGAUUAGUGAUUCGCCCCACACCAUCUUCGCACACAGCUCCACCCUCGCACACAGCUUCGAGGAGAAAGUCCGUUGGAUUCACAGAAGGCGACUUACGGGCCGCCGACCCUUCCAUGUAUAAAGCCGUGGCUCGGCGUGAGGUGGAAUAUGGUACUGGUGCUCUCCCUUCCCGACCGAGGCAGAAUUACGACACUGAAUCGCUCUAUGAUGUCGGCAAUUACGAGAUUGAGCCAGCAGGCCGUGGUCGACGAAACUCGUUCUAUAACUUCGAGGAAAAGGUGCGCGACGCAUCUCGGUAUCAGGAAGACGUGAGCGGAGGAAAUGCUCCACCUCUGACGGCCGAGGCACUCCGGCGUGUGAAGAAUGGAGGUAGCAGCCGUUCGACCCGCAGCAGUGCGAGCCGUGACGAGAGCGAUUACAAGCAGUCGGCCACAACUCGGACCACAAGAUCCGGCAGUGGUGGAGACGAUGAUAUUACCAUUAAGCUCCCGAUGGGUGCCGUCAUCGAGGUUGGAAACACCAAGAUCCAUUGCAAGGAUGGUGGUAACAUGAAUAUCGGCCGUGGUAAUGGAACUUCUCGUGCUGGAGGUAGCGAUCACGCGGCUCCUUCUAACUACAGCGAUGAGCGAAGCGAACGAAAAAGCCGAGCAGAUCGGUCAGAGAGACGAACUAGGACCGGAUCAUACUCCCGCACACGCUCUACGGGGCCGCCCUUGUACCCCCGGAGCCCUUCUGAUUACCCGCAUUACGAUGAUUACGAUGAUCACUACGAUCCUCCACCACAUGCACCGUAUAUGGGGUACUACGAUGAAGAAGACGACGAGAGUUAUUUCGACUGCUGAUUCCUCAACUUGGAAUAUCUCGACGAUUUCUUACCAUUUCUGUUUUGAUUUACUGGGUAGCGAUUUGUCAUUUACGCUU